CCAUGCCGUGUCUUUAUAUUUGCUCAGUACCGACCGCUGCAGGAGGCUGAAUGAGCGCACAGGAGAGGAUCCCAGUUUGGAUAUUUGGUUCCCCCAGUUUUCUCAGUCUACCGGAGCGACGAAGAGAGCAGGAGACUAAGUAACCGAGGACUGAAGACCCAGCAUGACAUUAGUCAACGCUACCUCAACCGCCACAAACAGUGGGAAUCUCUCGAGUGUGACAGUCAACCAAGAGGUCAUCUGUAGGGACGAUGGAAACCUCCGGGUCCCGCUGGCCACGUUUUACACGCUGAUCUUCCUCCCGGGUCUGGCGGGGAACCUGCUGGCGCUGUACGUCUUCUUCUGCGUCCACUCCAAGAAGAACUCGGUGCGAGUGUUUCUCAUAAACAUCGCCUUUGCAGACCUGCUGCUGUUGGUCUGCCUGCCGUUCAGGAUCUCCUACCACAUCCAGGGAAACGUCUGGAAGCUAGGCCCCUACCUGUGCAAUAUUGUGGGCACCCUCUUCUACAUGAACAUGUACAUCAGCAUCGUUCUGCUGGGGAUGAUCAGCGUGGACCGCUACUUGAAGAUUAACCACAGCGGAGGGACGCGGAGGAGGGUCCUGUCCACGCAGCGCAGCACGCUGCUCUGCGCCGCCAUCUGGAUUGUGUCCUUUGCUCUCUCGUUACCGUUGAUGAUGUUGAACAGCACAGAGGAGUCGUCAGAGAGGUGUUUCCACUACAAGACCCUCACAGACAUGAAGUGGAAAGCCUACAUCAACAUCUUGGUGCUGGUGGUCUUCUGGCUGGCGUUCAUCUCUCUGAUGGUUUCCUACGGGAAGAUCGCCCUGAAGCUCCGCAGGAGAUCCCAGGAGAAGCCGGAUCUUCCCAACGCAUCCCGCUACGCUCAGACGGCCAGGAAGUCCUUCUUCAUCCUCUUCCUCUUCACCUUGUGUUUCGUGCCCUACCACGUCCUCCGGGCGUUCUACAUAUACAGCCAGAUCACAGACACGGGCUCCUGCCUGUGGAGGGACGCGGUGGACAAGGCCAACGAGGUGGCCUUGCUGUUUUCCGCCCUCAACAGCUGCUUGGACCCCGUCAUAUACUUCAUGCUCUCCUCCUCAGUGAGGAAGGAGGUGAAGCGCGUGGUGAGCAGGUUGUUUUGUGAGAAAGACGUGAGGAGAAUCAGCGGGAGCAGCUCCAGCGCUGACGUGCCAUGGGACAACCGAGAGAUGGCAGUCGCAUGUCGACUUUGAUUGCUACUCCAAGGAGGGGGCGGCGUCUGAACUCAUCACUGAACAUGGUGCGAGUUGUGUGGCA